AGGUUCAACAGACGAACAAGUCACUUAGAUAUCAAAUUCGAACGAAUCCACUUCUAGCGAAUUGGAGAAAGUAGUAUUGAAAUUAAGUUAUAGUCAAAGUUCUAGCCAAAGAUCUCUCUACCAUGGACAACCUCAUGAAGCUCCUCAUUGUGCAGUUUAUCGUGCUGAUUAUUACGCUGCGUACGGCACGAUCUCAGGCCAUAGGUACGGAUUGCAAUGGCAGAGACUACCUCUGCUUAGACGACAGACUGUUUCAAAUUUGCAUCGACUUCGGUGAUGGGAAGACCCAAACCGUAGACGAAGAGGCGCAGAGUUGUCCCCGAGGAACGUUCUGUAGCAAUGCGGGUCGUUUCGAGUGUGACUCCUUUGUGCCACCAUCUACUGCUGCUCCCCAAGUGGUGACGCCAGAGGAUUCUCCCGUGGAAGCUGAGGAACUUCCAGAGGCGGAAGUAGUUGAAGAGACCGUAGUCGUUACAACUCCACCAGCAGCUGAUCAACCAACGGAAAGUGAUAACGAGGUAGCCCCAGAAACAAAUGCGCCCACUACAAAUUCUCCAAGCUCAAGUGACGAACCACAAACAGAAAAUGCAGCUGAGCCGGAAUCAACUGAUGCUCCCGAAGUCUCUCAACCUGAAACUACGGUGAGCUCAGAUGAGCCGCAAUCCACAGCUGCUCCUGAAAUCUCAGAACCCACACCCGAAGAAGUACAACCUACUGAUCCUUCUGAUGAUGUCAAUACUACAGAAAACAGUUUGCCAGCUGUAACCACACCAGCUGAUCAAGAAGAAGAAUCUCAACCACAAGGUACUGAUGGAAACGAAACAGAACCAGAAGCCACGACUGUGCCAAGCGCAGUGCAACCAGAAGCAGAGGAAAAUACAUCGGAAGCGCCUAAUGCCACCGAGAAUGAACCGGAAACCGAUGGGCCUGUUGAAGUUGGACCCACUUCAGCUCCAGAGGCGUCCGAGACGACAGUCGGACAGGAAACUACAGAAAAUGAAGUCGAACCUUCGGUUUCAACUGCUGUUCCAGAAGUAUCUUCCGCUCCAGAAACUACUGCAGUUCCAGAAACAUCAGAAGCUCCGGAGACCACUGCUGCUCCAGAUACUACCGGUGUCUCGGAGACUUCAGCUGCUCCGGAGACUACCGUUGCCUCCGAUAGCUCUGCUGCCCCGGAGACCACUGUUGCAGUAGAGACGUCUGCCGCUCCAGAAACCACUGUUGCAGCAGAGACUUCUGUCGUUCCAGAGACCACAAAUGCACCUGAGACUCCUGCCGCUCCAGAGACUACGGGCGAACCAGAGACUUCUGUCGUUCCAGAGACCUCUGCCGCUCCAGAGACAUCUGAAACUUCAGCGAACCCAACUGACCCCGAAACUACGGUUGCUUCUGAAGCUACCACCGCUUCAGAGUCUUCUACCGAUUCAGAAACCACCGCUGUUCCUGAAUCAUCCAAUGCUCCAGAUACCACUGUUGCUUCCGAAACAACGUCUGACGAUGCACCACCGGCACAAGAAACUACGGUUCCAUCGGAGACUGAAGUUACAGAAGAUGAUUCGAAUUCCACUGCUGAUCAUGAGGCUUCCCAGCCUUCAGAAACUACUACUGCUCACAAUACCGUAGAGCCACAGGCCACUGACAGUCCAGCAGAACAAUCCACCUCCGUAUCUGAAACCACCGAAGAUGCUUCCAACCAAGAAACAACCCCAUCUGCUACUUCACCAGAACAACAGCCUUCGGAAGAAAAUACUGCUGCUCCCACGGAAGAAUCUCCAGAACCAGAAUCAACCUCUGCCGGUGCCGAAACUGAAUCCACCGCAAGCCCAAGUCCCACCACCGAGGAACCUUUCACAUCCACCCUUGAACCAUCAACUUCCGAACCGUCAACUACUCCUUCACCGUUCGUCUGCCAACAGGCUGGACGCUUCCCCGAUCCCCAAGAUUGCCGCAAAUAUCACGUAUGCCUGUGGCUUCCGUUCGGUCUCUAUCAGCUGGAACAAAACUGCCUGCUCGGCAUGGCUUACAAUCCACUUCUACAACGAUGCACCGCCGAUCAGAGUCCAUGCUUCCCUGGUCAGUUCACCUGCACAGCUCCCGGACGUUUCCCAGAUGUCGCGGAUAAUACCAAGUACUUCUGGUGCGUUUGGAACGUUUUCGGCGGCUACCUUCAAUACCACCAGGACUGCCCACUAGGGCAAGUCUUCGACGCUUACCGUAGACGUUGCAUCACACCGCCUCGGCCCCAACUGGUUUCCAACGAAGACAAUGAUUCCUCAUCAGAUUCCGAUUCGGACUCUAGCUCCAGCUCCGAUUCUGGCGCGGUAAGCCCACCAGUAGGCUCAGAGGAAUCAGUUGCCGUCGAGGAAGAGAAACCCAAGGAAAAGGUCAAGUUUGAAUGCACCGAAGAAGGAACGUUCCCGGACCCGAACAACUGCUCCCGGUAUUUCAUCUGUACGCUCAAGAAGAAGGACAAGUUCAAGCAGAGCAAGCUGAAGUGCCCGAAAGGACAACAGUUCGAUGUCGCGCUGCAAUUGUGCACGGACGAUGUAGAUGUCCUGUGUGGUUGAAGAUUCAAGAAUUUAGGCAACAACAUUAUUAAAGUUUCAGAAUUGUAGCACAAAUAAAGCAAAUUUAUUUAUUAUUGUCAACUUGAUGCAAAACUAAA